AUGUUCGCCUGGGGAGCUAAUAGCCAUGCCCAGCUGGGUUUCGGCUAUGCAACGGAGCAAUGUGACAAACCACAACCAUUGACCGAUGGUGUACCGUUUCGUACCGAUGAAAUUGAAAGUGUAGCUGCUGGUGGAGGUCAUACAUUGAUAGCAACAACCGACGGGCGGUUGUAUGCCUGUGGCUGGAACAAUCGUGGACAGCUAGGAGUGGGCCAUUUGGAUGACUGUAUCCACUUUCAGCCUGUUGGUGAAUAUGGCUUUCGAAAGUUGUUCGCCGGAUGGGAUGUUUCGGCUGGGAUCAAUGGUUUUGGAGAGCUAUUUGUCUGGGGAUCGAACGUUUGGCAACAGAUAGCAGAAUCAGGUGUGAAAAAUAUACCGAUACCAACGCGACUUACCCUACCCGUGGAAGGACAAGUUUUGAGGGUCGCAUUCGGUUUACAGUACAUGGCUGUGUUGAUGGAGAGUGGAAAAGUAUGGGUGUUGGGAAAAUGUAAAUUCGUAUCAAAGCAUUACCCAUUAGAACCGGACACAAUGUUAACGAUACGAUGUCUUUCGGACAUAGGAUUAGUUCGUGAUGUGGUCAGUGGAGAUAAUCAUUUAGUACUGCUCAUCGGCGACCGGAGAAUUAAUUGCCUCGGAGACAACAAACACAACCAAUGCUUGGAUGCACACAUGCUGCCGGAAGAUAUUGUUAAACUAGAAUCGGGGUGGACACACUCCGGCUGUCUCACCGCGAGUGGUACGAUAUAUUUAUGGGGGAGAAACGAUUAUGGGCAACUCGGACGAGCAGGAUCUGCAAUUCCUGAAAAGCUGCGACUGGAAAUGAAUGAUUUGGAAGUGAAGGACAUACGAUUAGGAUCGCAACAUGGCGUUGCACUGACGAACGAUGGACGUGUGUACUGUUGGGGCUGGAACGAGCAUGGUAACUGCGGUACGGGAGGAACAGAAAAUGUAUGGGUACCAAAGGCGAUAGAUCUUCCCUUGCCUGUAUCGAGAGUAGCAUGUGGUGCUGGUUUUACGAUGGCAUUCACGUAA